UUACAUUAUAAACAAACAUCGGUUCCGCCAAGCAAACGACAAGAAACAUAAACAAAAUAAUUUCUAUUCAUUAAAUAACAAUCAGUUUCCAGGUUUCUACAGAAAAUUAAACGUAUCAACAUGGAUGUAAGACGAUUGCGGGUAUCAACAUGUCCCACGGACAAACAUUCACACCUAAACAGAGUCAUCAUCAAUCCAAAAGUGUUUCCAAAUGCAAGGCAUUUGGAAAUAACAAACCAAAAUUCUCGAAAAUUCAUCUUCACAAUUGAACCACUAGAUUCGUUUAAUCCAGAAGAGAUUGGAUUUAAUGUACCGAUGAGAAAAUGGGCGGAAUUGAUGCGAGAUUCAUACAUUGAAGUGAGACCAUUCAAUUUCGAUUUGAGGACUCAGUGUAUUGCCCACAUCACAUUGGAAGUUGACUUUAUGAUGAAAAAUAACAUUUCUGCAGAUAUUUUUGAUACUGAUGACAUGGCCAUUCAUUUCACCCAGCAAUUUGCAGAACAAGCCUUUACUAUUGGACAACCGUUGGCUUUCAAGUACGGUGAUAAAAAACUGCUCCAAGUUGUUGUUUCAGAAAUACAGGUGUUAGAUGUUUCUUCAAUGAGAGGAGAUUCCAAGGAGUCUGUGAAAAAGGUCAAAACAGGCUUACUUUCCUCCAAUUCUGUCACUGUUUUUGUCGAGGCUGCAGAGUCCUCAAUCAAACUUAAAGGAAAAUCAAAGCCCGGGGGUGUACAACAAUCCAUCAUCAAUCCAAACUGGGAUUUUGAAUCACUGGGAGUUGGUGGACUCGAUAAGGAAUUCAACGAUAUUUUCAGACGGGCUUUCGCGUCUAAAGUAAUUCCUUUAGAGUUGGUUGAACAGCUCGGAUUGACACACGUGAAAGGUAUCCUGUUAUAUGGUCCUCCUGGUACAGGUAAAACUCUUAUUGCGCGACAAAUUGGUCAAAUGCUCAACGCUCGGCCACCACAAAUCGUCAAUGGGCCGUCAAUUUUAGACAAAUAUGUUGGUGAAUCUGAAUCCAAUAUAAGAAAAUUAUUUGCUGAUGCUGAAGCUGAAUUCAAGAAAGUCGGCAAUCGUUCUGGUCUUCAUAUAAUUAUUUUUGAUGAAAUUGAUGCUAUAUGUAAACAAAGAGGAUCUGUGGCCGGUGCUUCCGGGGUACACGACAGUGUAGUUAACCAGCUGUUAUCAAAAAUGGAUGGUGUUGAUGGGUUGAACAACAUUCUAGUUAUCGGUAUGACAAAUCGUAAAGAUAUGAUUGAUGACGCUUUACUGCGACCUGGAAGAUUUGAGGUGCAAAUAGAAAUAGGAUUACCUGAUUCAAAAGGACGUGAGCAAAUUUUGAAGAUUCACACGAAGCGAAUGCGAGAAUGUGGAAGGCUCGCUGAUGAUGUAGAUCUUCAAGAACUUGCUUCCAAAACGAAAAAUUUCUCUGGAGCUGAACUGGCGGGGUUGGUUCGUGCAGCUCAAUCAUUUGCAAUGACUAGACUAAUUAAACCAACAAAUAAAGUUGAAUUUGAUCCAGAGGCAUGCAACAAAAUGAUUGUUUGCAGAAAUGAUUUUCUACAUGCACUGGAAAAUGACAUAAAACCAGCUUUCGGUACGAGCUCAGAAAAGAUUGAAAAAUUCGUUAAGCGAGGUAUCAUUAUUUGGUGUCAACAGAUUCAAAAUAUCUUAGCUGAAGGAAAUUUGUUGAUCCAAAAAGCUAAUGAUUUUAAAUCUUGUCGCGUUGUUCCUAUCCUGUUACAUGGAUCAUCUAAUGCAGGAAAAUCAGCUUUAGCUGCUCAAAUCGCAAAAAUGUCUGAAUUUCCUUUUAUCAAAUUGCUUUCUCCUGAACAAAUGGUUGGUUACUCAGAAACAGCCAAGUGUAGCAUAAUUCGCAAAGUCUUCGACGAUGCUUACCGAUCAGCUUUGAGUUGCAUUAUAAUUGAUGACAUCGAAGAACUCAUGGACUAUACUCCAAUCGGUCCUCGUUUUUCAAAUUUGGUUCUCAAAGCUCUUAAAGUAUUCAUCCGCGAAGAACCUCCCAAAGACCGAUUCCUUCUAAUUAUCUGCACAACAAGCCAUAUCGAAGUCUUAAGAACUUUUGACAUGACAGAAUCUUUCGAUGAAAUUAUCCAUGUUCCAGACGUGUCUGAAGCUGAUCAUGUCUUACAAAUCACCGAAAAACUUUCCACUACCGAUGGUACUCAUGUUUUCACGAGACAAGACGUUGAUUAUCUUGCACGACAAUUGAGACAAACAUCUUUCAGCAUCGGUAUCAAGAAACUUAUAAAGAUAUACGAUGUGGCAAAACUUUUUGAGCCAGCACUUCGGACUCAAAAGUUCUUGGAGAAACUGGAUAAAUUCUGCAUCGAUCGACCAAUACAUGGAAUUUAAGCUUCCAAUUUUGUUGUUUUUUGAUUGGAUUUAAUCUAUUUAUUUUGCACAUACAUGUAUUGGAUUGCCCUUUCUCGCCUAUUUUAACUGCAACAGACUUCAGAUUUAGUAAGAGUUAUAAAAUACUUGCAAUAAUUUAUUCAUGCCCAACUUAAAAACUCAAAAGUUUAGCUUAAUUUACCAGCAAUAAUAAACACCAAUGGAAGGUCUAAAUCCAAUUGGUUAUCAACUAUGAAAUUGAAAUAUUAUAGAACCGUUAGACUAAUAGGUUAUCCUCUGAAUAGGAAUAUGCGCCGUAAAAUGAAAUAAAUCUUAAAUUAAGCGAUGACAAUGAAAUUUUAGGUGGAAAAAGUUUGUUGAUCCAAAAUAAUCUCAAUCAAAUCUCAUAAUUUUAAGUGAUAUUACAUGGUUUAAAUUCAAUUGUUUGAAUAUUUUUCAAGUCUUUCUCCUAUUAUGUAAUUAAAUGAACAUUCCAAUAUUCUGGUUUGUGAUUUCGAAUCAUUCAAUAACCUUCCGAUUCGUUUGUAAUGAUUUGUUCAAUUGUGUUAUAACUUAUAAUAAAGGUAUAUUAGUCAAAAUCUA